UACACAAGCGUGAGUCCCUUGGGUGAAGGUUGUUUGGAGAGGAAAUGCUAUUCCUAAUAAUAGAGUGCUAACAUGGCUGGUUAUUCAUGGAAGUAUAUAUACAAAAGAAAGGAUGUUGAAUUGGGGCUAUACAUGACCACUUGAUUGUUUUUUUUUUUUUUUUUUUUUGCAAUAUUGGGCUGGAGACUGGGAAGCAUUUGUUUACAUCUUGUUGGAUUACUAAGAAGCAGUUUAUUGAGAUCUUUAGAAUGUUUGCACAACAUGUUCCAGGUUCUAUCUGGAAGGCUGAGCUUGACUAGGUAAUUUAUGACAAAAGGGCAACAUUAAGAUUGGAAGGUAGUUAGAGAAAAAACAAUUCAUUGACAAAUGAUUGGGGAGAGUAUAGUCAUUUUGAUACCAAACAAUUUAUCCAAAAGCCUAAAAACAAAGCAGCUCUUGAAACCUACUUGCCUCUAUGAAAUAUAUCCUAAUUUGGUUAAUGGUUAUCCUACUCACUACUCAUUUUGUGAGAUGGCCUUCCACUUAGGGAUGGCAAUGGGUCGGGUUGGAUCGGGUUUUGCCAAACCCAAACCCAAACCCAAACCCAUGGAUUUAUUUGUGGAAAAAAAAUCCAGGGUAAAAUCCAUUGGGUUUGAAAAACUCAAACCCAACCCGCUGGGUAUCCGCGGGUUCGUGGGUACUGUCACGACCCGAAAUGUCGUGACCGUGUUGAUCGUCUGAAGAACGCUGCCAUCUGGUUGGCUUGCCAUGAGAAGGGUAAAGGGGGCAACAUUAGCGAUAAGGCGUUGUCUGCCUGUGCAUCGUUUCUGGCCGAGUCAGGAUGUGGCUAUGAAGGAGAUUGUUGCAAGAGAAGGCGCAACUGGUCGGAGGCUAUUGUCAUCUCCCUGAUGAGCCCAAGGCAGGGCGAAACCAGUUGGCAUGCGUAUGCAGAGAGGCUGGUCUUGAGGAAUGAGUGCACCUCAAGAUGCCGCACGGACUUCGGAAGUCUAUGUCCGUGACAAGUGGUAUCAGAGCUUGGUUAGGCUAAAGAGCCUAGUUCCUCUCUCAGUACGGCAUAGGUCGAGUAUGGGCCGAACCUAUGCCCGAAUGAGAGGCGGUCAUGGGUGUGCAUAUCAGGCGGUCCGAACGCAGAUACACAUGUGUUGCGCCGUUGUGGGGGACCUCGACAGGCUGAAGAUGCAGCGGCCGAGAAUGUCAUUCAACCGAGGAACUAACGCUAGCAAGAGCGUAGGGUGAAGGCAUAUUAAGGUACAAACGCUGGGAGUAGCGUAGGGUGAAAGUCGAUUGAGGUACUAGCGUAGCAGAAGCAAAGAGUGAAGGUUGAUGUCGAGGGGCGAAGCGGUAUCUGUGCGGGGUACAGCAGGCUAGCGCGAGAGACGCGACCGGAGCCCGUCCAUCAGAGGAUGGUAUCGUAUGCGGACGCACACAAUCGGUUCGAGUUUUGCAAUACAUGCUGCGGAGAGAAGCAUUCUUCACCAGCACGAGAACGCGCUGCAUUACGAGUGGUGGAGAAUGUCACGACCCGAAAUAUUGUGACUGUGUUGAUCGUCUGAAGAACGUUGCCAUCUUGUCGUCUUGCCACGAGAAGGGUAAAGGGGGCGACAUUAGCGAUAAGGCGUUGUCUUCCUGUUCAUCGUUUCUGGCCGAGUUAGGAUGUGGCUAUGCAGGAGAUCAUUGCAAGAGAAGGCACAACUGGUCGAAGGCUAUUGCCGUCUCCCUCAUGAGCCCAAGGCAGGGCGAAACCAGUUGGCAUGCGUAUGCAGAGAGGCUGGUCUUGAGGAAUGAGUGCACCUCAAAACGCCGCACGGACUUCGGAAGUCUAUGUCCGUGACAGUACCCACGGGUUUUUGUCGUAAAAAAUUUACAAUAACAAGUUCCUAUCAAAAUUAAAGUCAAAUAUCAAUCUCUCAAUACAAAUUAUAAAUAUAUAAAACACCAUUCUAGAAAAUUCAAGCAAAUCACAAAUUAACUAUACAAAUUGUUAAACACCAAUCUAGAAAAUUGAAGCAAAUCACAAAUUAUCCAUAAAUAACAUGAUUAAUUAAAAGUUUCUUCAUUUCAAUUAAGUUUUCACUCUCCACUGGAUAACAUCAACUUCAUUCUACACAACUAGAAAAAAAAGUUAGACAUGUCUCCACAAACAUAAAUAAGAUUAGUUGUUUAGAAUAUUAAAUAUGUCGAGAAAAUUAAUUAUAUAGGUGUGGGAGGGUACCCAUGGGCCGGGUUUACCUAAACGCAAACCCAACCCGGUGAAUAGUGAACAGGUUUAAACCCAAACCCGGCCCAAAACCUGUCAACUCGAAUUUUACCCCGCGUUGACCAGGUUUGGUCGGGUGAGUACCCGUGGGUUCGGGUUUUGUUGUCAUCCCUAUUCCCUACUUCCACAUUCCACCAACUAAUUUGGAUGGCUUCCACAUUCCACCAACUAAUUUGGAGGGUUGGGAUUGGGUAAGAAAAGAGAAGAGGAGCCAAACACUUUUUAAGAAGGUGAUCCCACAAUCUAAUUGACAAUUAAUGUCCACUCACUUUUCUCAUUCUUUUUUCCCUCUUCUUUCUCUUUCUUGAUUUUAGAUAUGAGAAUACUAGUUCGGAUAUUCAAAAUACUUCUUCGGCGUGUUUGAAUACUUGUUUGACGUUUAUUAAUACGUGAUCAUUUGUGUCAAUGCUUUUAAAUAAUCGUUCGGCACCUAGGAAUACUUAUUCAUAGGGGUCGAACAAGUGCUACCACUACCAUAUGUGCGCUACCACUACAGCUACCAAAUGGUAGUGGUAGCACUGUACUGGUAGCGUAGCACUCGAAAAAAUCACUACCACUAGACUAAUGGAUUUAUAUAUUUUUACAGGUUGCAGGAUGGAGUCUGUCAAAGAGAUUUCGUCGGAUCUGCCAGCCGGAGCGAAGUGACUACUGGAAAAAGAAGAGAGAGAUGCACAUGUAUAUAUUGGAGAAUUUAAUGUAAAAAAACAAGUAUUUAAUAUGAAUUUUUAAUUCCCAAUAUGCAAUUAAUAAAAAAAAUUAAUUAAUAUAUAUUUUUUUUUUUGUCAUACCCAAAUACCCAUUAACAUUGAUUGUGAAACUGACAACCCUAGGGGAAGUGAUGCUAUCCAACCGCUAGUCCCCUACACUAUGUUGUUGUAUUACGCAUUUUACGGACAAAAAACGGAUACGGUUCACAACCAACCAUAUAACAAUAACAGCCUGCAUUCGACGGUCACAAUUUUAAGAGAGUGCUUCCCUUCCAGCCAGCAUCACCACGAAAUAAAGGCAAUCCACGUCAACAUCACAAUCUCAGCAACCAACUAAAAAGCCAACCAACAUAUGUGUAUUUAGAGGCAGGCACAUGAGGAAGAACCCCACCAUGUGCAGCCAGUUUCCCUUUGUGCCAAACAGCUAGCACAAAGCAAAUCAGAAACCAUCUAUCUGGAAUGGAAUGGAUCUUCCUUCUCUAGUUAAAAAGUCAGUGCUAUAAGUCAUGACAAAUAACAUGUAGCAGCCCUCCUGCUGUCACCACAACAGAACAGAACAGAAGAGAAUAGAAUGUAAAAGGCUCUCAGCUCCCAGCCAAAAAAGAAGCAACUAGCACGAGGAUUGUGUUGUGUGGCGGCCGUUUGAGAAUCCGUAUUUCCCGAGCAGCCCCUGUAAUGUAAUCAACCAAGGAUGCAAACGUCAGGCUGCUACUGUAUCUAAUCCGCAAAAGCAGUGUGCUUCCUCUUCCUCUGACCCUAUAGAGCACCACAUUUUGGAAUCAUUUCACUACCGCUUUUUAUCAACUGGGUGGAGGAUCAUUUAUCAAUCAAACGAAUCUUUGAUUUAUAUCACAAUUCGGCCCCUCCACUUCACUAUCGGAAGUUGAAGAGAUUAUGAACUCACUAGUCAAUCACCAUAAAGAUGGUUGGUUAAUUGAAGUAAGUGAAGGUAAGGACUCGGUCGACAUUUGAGGAGAGCCCAAUAACUCCAAAUAUUUUUAAUCACAUCCACCUAGUUUCAACUGAAAUUACACAGAUAACACUGCCUCACUACUCAGAUUAAGGUGUAGGUUAAAAGGUGAAAGGCAAGUAGAGUCAUACCAUGGAAUCAUUGAUUGCAAUGGCCACACAGUAGUGCUCCUGAAAAACAAAACAGCAUCCAGGACAAGAAGCAUCAACGCAUUUGACACAACACAGCUAUCAACCACCCUAGAAAAAGGCUGAUUACGAAACGCUGCAAGAUGGGAAUUCUUUUCGAUUUGGACAUAAAUUAUUAUUAUUAUU